UCCUAGGCGCGGGCCCGCGUGUGGAGUUGGCUUAGGCGUCACUCUGCGAACAUUAGCUGUCGGAGCGCAAUCGCUGGCCGUCGACUGUUUACGUCAUUGUUUCUGCGUGUCCAAUGUUUUUUGCGCAUUGUAUUUCACACAAACCGAUGUUCCAUAAUGUAGAACAUGUCAGCCAAGAGCACGUCCAAUUCCCUGUGAAUCCAACUUGAAACGCCACAAACCUGCUUUCCGACACGCGCUGCUUGCGCUUGUGGCAUAUCUAGCUUUCAUAGAUAAGGUGUUUAGGGGAUGCGGCACCCGGCGCUGCGGCGCCGCGGCGCUGCGGUCUUGGCGAUUAGGGUUCGGGGGGAGAUCGGCCGGCUGCGGGGCGGAAGGCGCGUCCUGGCGUCAGAACAUGGCUUGAGACCAUGGCGUAGCGGCUUGUGGCCUGGAGACUGGUUGGGCAGCGCCGUAAGGUUCGGCCGACGUCCUGCCCAGCUUGUGGCGUUGCCUCGCGGCGGCCGUGAGCUCCUAGCGCUCUGGUCUCUCCGCCUCCUCCGCCGCCCGAGGACGUUGUCCAGCCCCCUGACUGUCCGGCUAUGCUGUGCAUGCCAAGCUGACCCGGGUGCGGCAGCUGUGGGAGCGCUGCGGCGGCUGGCUGGUGCUGGUGGAGCCGGGCAAACCCAAGGGCUUUGGAGACCUGGCGGUGGCGAGGGAGCUGCUGCUAGCGCUGGAGGAGUCGGGAAUGGAAUGGGCAGCGGCCUUGCAAGGGGCAAGCAGCGCUGCGCCUCGGGACCCCAGAGGAGGGGCAGGUGGACAGCGCGGUGGGCGUUGUGCCCGACGGCAACAUCAGCAAGCCGGCGGGGUCGGUUGCGAGGCAGCACCGCCCAUGCCUGGACGCCGCGCUGACCCAGAUGGCCAUGUCGCUGGUGCCCUUGGGCUCAGCCGCGCUGUUGGCGCCGGCCGCUGAGGCCCUGCGUGCGGUGCUGCUGCAGGCCAGUCGGCCGGGCACACAUGCAGUGGACGGAUCGGCCCCAGACAAGGGGAGCUUGACGCCUGCGUCUGGCUGUGCACCAUGUCUGGCUGUUCACCCCACCAAGCCGGCCCCGCGCUUCUGAGCACCCUCACCCGCCCACCCUCACUCGCCCAUCCUCAACACCGCUCCUGGCCCUUGCUGUCCGCGAGGUCCGAGGGAGUGGCGGCAGCUGUGCGGGCGGCCCUGCCUGCUGGCGAGCGGGGCGACCGACUGCGCGGCGCGGCACGAGGCGUGAGGGCGGCGGGCGCCCGACCGACUCCCCACAGCUGCGCGCGCUGGCAGGCAGGGAGGUUGCUGGGCGAGCAAGCUAGCUGUGCAGGAGUGCGCAUGCGGUAUUGGAGUCUGAGGCGCGCUGGGGCGGCGCGGCGCCUGCGCUCGAGCUGGAGCUGGAGCUCCAUCUGUGGACUAGCUUUGCAAGAUGUCCAUGCUGCUCCAGUCCGCGCUGGCUGUGGCCGUCCAGGCGCAGUCGGCGGUGCCGGUUCCCUUCCUGGACAGGGGCAUGCAAACCCUUCCGGUGCCGCUGUCCGUCUGCGCCGCGUCCAAGUGCCUUGUGCAUGAAGAUUCUGACUGCGAUGGCCGGCUGGUGUCCGAUGAUGACCGCCCGUAAAGCCCGGCAUCGAUUAUCGGCGGCAGGGUGGACAUGCACAUCGCCGAGCGACCUGGACGGCUUUUCAACUGACAACGAGCGCAAGCCGCUGUGCGCUGCUGAGGUUCCGCUGGGCUCGCCGGCGGACGACGCCCUGAAGCCUACCGCCUCGGCCCGCGACACCCACCCCGCCCACUGGCGGCAGGCCUGCUGGGACACCGCUCAGGCUUUCAAGGCCCGGGCCGCGGACUCCCUCCAGCAGGCACUGAGCUGCCGUUACGACGCGACCCCGAUUGGGUGCGGGCUGCUGGUGCAGCAGUACAUCGCCCAGACGGUUUGGCAGCUUGAGCUGCAGGCUGUGUCGGACCUGCAGGCAGCCGGCCAGUGGGAGGCGGAGUGGCAGGUCCGCGUGCAGGCCAUGCAGCAGGCGGUGCGUGUGGCCGAGGCGGUUGCCAAGAACGGGCGGCUGGAGCACGUGCUCGUCGUGCCCGUCUUCGUGGUGUAAAGGCACUGUGCGACUGGCCUGGAUGAAUGGAUUGAUUCAUAAAACUCGGUGUUUUUCAACACCACCUCCUUGUACCGUGUACCGUAUUGCGGGUGAGGGUGGGGAUGGACACAAGCGGGGGACACAAGCGCAGAUACCUGUGCUUGAAGCAAGAUGCAGUAGGGGCGUAGGGCAUGGGAGGGGCUGGUUGGCAGGACUGUCUUUCGCGGGUUGGCGAGGCGCACGGUACGGGAAGCUAUGCGUGUGGGCACCAGUGCCUACCUGCAGGAUCUACGAGGGACGGACCUGUGGGUUGCUGGCGGUACCGCGGUAGACGCGUAGGGCACCCGGGCGGUGGGACACCCUGGGGCGGAGGCAUUGCACAUGCACCACACAUGCACCACAGAUUGGUGGGCAAUGACUAGGGGGGGCGGUUAUGAAGCCUUUCCUGCUUCGAAUUUUCGAGCAUCGUCGAUUUCCUGACCCCCUUGGCUAUGUAUCGCGUUGCAGGCGUGGCCAGCGUCGCUUGGGGGCAUGCCACACGCCCGGCCCAAAGUUGUUCAGACGAGGCCCCAGGCCUGGCGUGACAGCAAUAACCUGGCGCACGGACCGUUUGAAGCAUGCCUGAAAGACGAGGCCGUCAAAUUACAAGUGCAGUACAUGAGGAUGACAGUGGGUACGAAGCGACCAUCGCAUCGCCUGCUGUUUGCUGAAUUAGCACAACUACCACUCCAUUUCUUUUUCGCCAAGCUUUGCAUUGGAUUCUACAACAGGAUUGCCGUGCAGAAGGAUAGCCUAGCUCACGAUGCACUAAUUGAUGAAGUACAAGACGCGUUAGUACACCCAGAGGGAGAUGGGUGGUGUGCACGGCUUUUCCGUUUUAUCUCAGCGCAUGGCGUAGACGUAUGGCAAGGCCGUAUGCACAUGAUCAGGCCGGAAAGGGAGGAGAGCCGAGCAGGUAGCCCGCUGCCUGAAGGGCAAAUAGUAUCCGCCUUUCGAGAGAGUCUAAUGAAGGCGUGGAAGCAUGAGCGGCUGCAGUCUGAGCCAAGCACUUUCCCAUCAGACAACAAGCAACCAGGCGUGCAGAUGAGCAAGUACAAGCAUUGGAUGGGGCUGUGUGCGGAAGGAGCGGCAUCACCGGAUCGCUAACUUGUGCACACCCUCCUCUGGAGGGUCUGGUUAUGGCGCUUAGCGUAGUGCUGGUCACAGGUUCGAAUCCCGCCGAGA